UAGGUGAUACUGUAACUAUUGGAGAUGUGUCUUUUAAACUCAAAACACCGAAGAACCCAGAGCUUGUUCCACAGAAGUACAUGACAGAUUCUUUGGCCCAGUCUGUACUGCACCAUUUGAGAUGGAUAAUGCAGAAAGAUCUCCUCGGCCAAGAUGUCUUUCUUAUUGGUCCUCCUGGGCCCCUGCGGCGCUCUAUUGCCAUGCAGUACCUGGAGCUGACCAAGCGGGAGGUCGAAUACAUCGCGCUGUCGAGGGACACCACCGAGACCGACCUCAAGCAGCGACGAGAGAUCCGAGGGGGCAGUGCCUUUUACCUGGACCAGUGUGCGGUUCGUGCGGCYACAGAAGGCAGGAUCCUUGUGUUGGAAGGUCUGGAGAAGGCCGAGCGCAACGUCUUGCCCGUGUUGAACAAUUUGCUGGAGAACAGGGAGAUGCAGCUGGAGGACGGUCGUUUUCUCAUGUCUGCAGAACGUUACGACAAGCUUCUGCAGGAUCAUACGAAAACAGAGCUAGAUGCCUGGAAGAUUGUUCGGGUUAGUGAAGAUUUUCGAGUAAUAGCUUUGGGUCUGCCAGUACCUAAAUAUUCUGGUAACCCUUUGGAUCCUCCCCUUCGCUCUAGAUUUCAAGCUAGAGAUGUUUAUCAUCUGCCCUUUAAGGACCAUCUUCAGCUAUUAUAUUCAAUUGGAUCAAACAUUUCUACAGAGAGAGUUUCUCAGCUCCUCUCUUUUGCUACAACUCUCUGCUCUCAAGAAUCUUCUACGUUGGGACUUCCAGAUUUUCCUUUAGACAGCUUAGCGGCUGCGGUUCAGAUUUUGGAUGCCUUUCCUAUGAUGUCAGUCCAGCAUGUUAUUGGCUGGCUUUACCCCUAUAAUAUUUUUCUUGGAAAGGAAGGCAGGACUGCAGUCAAAGAUGCAUUAAAACGUUUUGAGCUCCAGGAUUCAAAAAGCCAUUUGGUUCCCAGAAGGAUUACCAAAGUAGAAAGUGUGCACGGAAGUAACACCUUCAAGGCUGAUGUAGCUGUCCAGAUUGGUGAAAAAGAAGUUUUUUUCCAGGUUCCAGCUGGGACUGGACAAUUAAAACUUUCUGGAUCAGAUUCUUUCAUAAGGACUCCCAGCCAUGAUCAGCUGUUGGCAGAAAUGAUGCAAUCCCAUAUGGUUAAAGAUAUGUGUUUAAUUGGAGGAAAAGGCUGUGGCAAAACGGUUAUUGCUAAGGAGUUUGCAGAUAUACUAGGAUACAGCAUAGAACCUAUCAUGUUAUAUCAGGACAUGACUGCUAGAGAUUUGCUGCAGCAAAGGUACACCCUUCCUAAUGGAGACACUGCUUGGAGACCCUCGCCGCUCGUCACGGCCGCCCUGGAAGGAAAGCUUGUUAUUCUUGAUGGCAUUCACCGAAUCAACCCGGGCACCCUGGCUGUGCUGCAAAGGCUAAUUCAUGACAGAGAACUGACUCUCUAUGAUGGCACCAGGUUGUUAAGGGAAGAUAGAUAUCAAAACUUAAAAGAAGAAUUACAAGUCUCUGAUGAGAAGCUACAGGAAAGGUCUAUCUUCCCCAUCCACCCCUCGUUCAGAAUAGUUGUCCUGGCAGAACCUCCCGUCAUUGGAAGUAGUACCCAGCAGUGGCUGGGCCCAGAGUUCCUGACGCUCUUUCUCUUUCACAAUGUUCAACCUUUAAGCAAGAAGGAAGAAAUUCAAAUUAUUAAAGAAAUGAUUCCAAAUGUGCCCAGUGCUGCUGUGGAACAGUUGUUGUCGUUAACACACAAGCUUCGGGAGACAAAUGAUGCCACAGCACAAUCACUGGCUUCAUCUUUAUCGACUCGACAACUACUGCGAAUUUGUCGUCGACUGUCACACCAUCCAGAUGAGAGUCUUCACCACGCUGUUAACAAGGCCUGCCUUUCCAGGUUUUUACCCAACCUUGCCAGGUCAGCUUUGCAGAAAAAUCUGCUAGAUUCUGGUAUUGAGACCAGUGCAGAUGACAUAAGGAAACUAGAGGAGAAGGAUUACACCUGUGAAAUAAGCAACGGGAUUCUGAAGAUAGGGGCUGUGACUAUGCCAGUUUAUAACCCAUCUGAGAAAAUGAAAGUACCUGAUGUGUUGUUUUAUGAAAACACUCAGCACAUGAUGGUAAUGGAAGAUAUGCUUAAAGACUUCCUGCUUGGAGAACAUCUUCUUUUAGUUGGCAAUCAGGGUGUUGGGAAAAACAAGAUCGUUGACAGAUUCCUUCACCUCUUAAACAGACCCAGAGAGUAUUUACAGUUGCAUAGAGAUACCACUGUACAAAGCCUUACUCUACAACCUUCUGUUAAAGAUGGACUUAUUAUAUAUGAAGAUUCACCAUUGGUAAAAGCAGUGAAGUUUGGACAUGUUUUGGUAAUUGAUGAGGCAGACAAAGCACCAACAAAUGUCACCUGCAUCUUGAAAACUUUAGUAGAAAGUGGAGAAAUGGUUUUGUCAGAUGGAAGGCGAAUUGUUGCCAAUCAUGCUAAUAUAGAAGGGAGAGAAAAUGUAAUAGUAAUUCAUCCUGAUUUUAGAAUGAUAGUUCUAGCAAACAGACCUGGAUUUCCUUUCUUGGGGAAUGACUUUUUUGGCACACUAGGGGACAUUUUUAGUUGUCAUGCUGUUGAUAAUCCCAAACCACAGUCAGAAUUGGCUAUGCUUAGGCAAUAUGGACCUGAUGUUCCAGAGCCAGUUCUUCAAAAAUUGGUAGCUGCUUUUGGAGAACUCAGGAGUUUGGCUGAUCAAGGAAUUAUUGCCUAUCCCUAUUCAACUAGAGAAGUCGUGAAUAUUGUAAAGCAUUUACAGAAAUUUCCAACGGAAGGAUUGGCAAAUGUCGUUCGAAACGUGUUUGACUUUGACUCCUACAACAAAGAAAUGCGUGAAAUUUUAAUCAGCACUUUGCACAAACAUGGGAUACCCAUUGGAGCAAAACCAACGAAUGUACAGCUGGCCAAGGAGUAAGAGUAACAUAAGAUAUAUAUGUUAAGAAGACAGGUCUCUCGUGAUCACUGUUUUCAUAGUCUAUUAUCRUGCUGCUAACUGAUUUAAAAAUCAAUUUGGAAUACUUGAAGCCACUUCUCCUUUUGCUUAAAAUUUGCUUGCUACAAAUUAUAGCAGUAUAAAGUAUUAUAUGACAGAGUAUUUGAUUAUUACUAAUAUUAAUCUUUGAUGUGCAUGUACAUAUUGAUAGUUUGUAUGGUAAACAGAUACAUAUAAAUAAAGGGAAAUACUUGUUUCUUCUCCUGUGUUUUUUUAAUUGAAUUGCAACACAUUUCUGCCGUGUUAUUUGCCACCUACAGCAGUACCAAAAGAAAUAAGCUCUCUUCAGUGGGACUGGGAUUUUGUCUUUAAUACUCACAAAGACUCUACAAAAAUGCUUCUAUAGACCGUAACAACAUACUUAAGCAUUUAAGCUCUAAGAACCAUU